GGCGUGCCCGGAAGCGGGCCGGGAGGCGGCGGCCGCCCAGCGCAGCCCAGCGCCGCGGGCCGGGGCCGCUCGCCCGCCGCCAUCGCCGCCAUGGCCUGCGGCACCUCGGCCGCAGAGUGCCUGCGGGAGUGGGAGGAGCUGCAGGACGGCUACCAGCGCAUCCAGGAUAAUCACAAGCUGUACAAGCAGAAACUCGAGGAGCUAACCAAGCUCCAGGACGGGAUCUCGAGCUCCAUCGCACGGCAGAAGAAGCGGCUGAAGGAGCUGUCGUUGUCCCUCAAAAAAUGCAAAGCCCACGUGAGUCCUGAACAGGAGGAGUCCAUCCAAGAGACCCAGAACCUAAUAAAAGAGAGGCAGAACGUUUUCUUCGAGAUGGAGGCCUAUCUGCCAAAGAAGAACGGGUUGUACCUGAGUCUGGUGCUCGGGAACGUGAAUGUCACGCUGCUCAGCAAGCAGGCCAAGUUUGCAUAUAAAGAUGAGUAUGAGAAGUUCAAGCUCUACCUCACCAUCAUCUUACUCAUUGUCUCCUUCUCCUGUCGGUUCCUUCUCAACUCCAGGGUGACAGAUGCCGUCUUUAACUUCCUCCUGGUGUGGUACUACUGCACCCUCACCAUCCGGGAGAGCAUCUUGAUCAACAACGGAUCCAAAAUCAAAGGCUGGUGGGUUUUCCAUCACUACGUCUCCACUUUCCUCUCAGGUGUCAUGCUGACAUGGCCGGACGGGCUCAUGUACCAGAUGUUCAGGAACCAGUUCCUCUCCUUCUCCAUGUACCAGAGCUUUGUGCAGUUCCUCCAGUACUACUAUCAGAGCGGGUGCUUGUAUCGGCUGCGAGCGCUGGGCGAGAGGCACAACAUGGAUCUGACUGUGGAGGGCUUCCAGUCCUGGAUGUGGAGAGGCCUCACAUUCCUGCUUCCCUUCCUCUUCUUUGGGCAGUUCUGGCAGCUCUACAACGCUGUCACCCUCUUCCGCAUGAUCCAGCACCCGGAAUGCAAGGAGUGGCAGGUCCUCAUGUGCGGCCUCCCCUUCUUCAUCCUCUUCCUGGGGAACUUCUUCACCACCCUCCGCGUCGUCCACCAGAAGUUUCAGAACAAGAACAAAGACACGAAGCGGAAUUGAAGCGGGGGCAGCGUGGGGGGUCAGGACUCUUUCUUCCCACCGGCUCCAUCUCCCAUCCCCACCUUCUCGAUGCCGUCCGGACUCUGGUGUCUCGCCCCGUUCCUUGGAAGCCUGGGUGUGGGACAGAGCUUGGGGCCUGCUCGCGAAUAGACCGCGUGUUCACUGCGGUGCUGGAUCCGUGCCCGAGUCACUCACCUGGAGUCAGGAGCCUCCUGCAACUCCUGUCCCGUCUGCCUUCCUCCUCCAGGAGAGCAGGGUGCCUGGGGCAGCUGCUCCCCUCCCCUCUGCCCUGAAGACAUUUACUGGGAUGGUUCUCUGGGGUCGAGCCCAGCUCUGCUAGCACUCCCCACCCCACUGCAGGCAGGGGGCAACCCUGGGGUGUCCAGCUUGCAUCAACUCCCUUGGGAGAAGGCAGGGUCCAGGGCUGAUGGCUGCCUCACACAGCUCCUGGGGUGGCCAAAGCUCUCCCCCUUCUCUCCCCAGCCCUGCAGCCAGGGCAGCUCCUGCAUGUUGAAGGCAGAGGUUAAAAAGGCCCUCAUAUCUCAUCGGCUGCAAGCAAUCACUUCCCUGGCUGCCCCGGCAGCCCUCUUUGCUUUCAAGUGCAGCUGGAGGCCGUGCAAAAGCGCUGCCUUCCAGGGUGUAUCGUACCCCAGUUCCUCCUUUACCUUCAAGCCACAGGGCAGAGGAGCUGUGGGAGCACCGCGAGUCUGAACCAGGCUUCACGCUGGAGCGGUGCAAACAGCACCCUGGUCUCGCAUCUCUGGAGGAUGCGCGCAUAAAAAUAAAGGGAAGGUGCUGCCUCUGGUCACCAGGGUGGUCUCAGAACAGCUUGCAUCCUCUGAGUGGGCCUGACACUAUGUGUCAGGGGGAGAGAAUAAAAGCCAUCUCUAAGUGCACCCCACACCAGCCUGGGGUGCAGUGGGGACAGGAGGGCAGUGCUGCGAGCUCCCUCCCGUGGCACCCCCUGACCCACACAGCCCCAUGCCACGGGCUGCGGCCAGAGCUUUGGCCAGCCAACGAGCCAAGCGGAGCCCAGCAAGACUUCAGUGUCCCUGCAGACUAGGGGAAGAGAAGCCCUGUACUACCACCGGGAACGCCUGAAGUGUUGGGAACCAAACGGCACGUCUAGCACAGCUGUGCCUCAGUCCAGAGCCAUCCACCACCCCCCCAGCUGCCAUCCUCACUGCUCUGCCAGGGCUCAGCACCCCAGGGCAGGGGCUGCCCCGGCUCCAGCGCAGCCUAAACCAGGAGUUGCCGCCUGUUGCCCAGGUUUCCUCCUGGUUAGCAGCCCAUUGCUCCUCCUGCCUCCCUCUUCCCCCUGGCUAAGUAGAGAGAAGGCAGGAAGCAAACUACAGAAACAGUAUUUUUAUUCCAAGGGCAAAUGUAUUUAAAUAAUUUACAGUCAUUGGACAGCC